UUCAAAGGGCUAUGGUGUCUGCGCUAGGUCAAAUGUUAGUCAACAUCCGGCUGCGUUGCGCCAUGCCACUGUUCCGUUGAGUUUUUUUAUGAUAUUGGAGGUGGGAUGUCUUGUUGUUUCGUUUUUAUGUUGCGGGAGGAAGCUCUAUAAUAUCCGCCAUAGUUGCUCGGAUUGUUAUGACGUCUGUAAUUCGCGUGCUGCGGGUUCGUCCCUGUCUCUUCAGUGUGUCCACCGCGUCACGCAGUCACCGACCUGCACUUCACGCCACAAGUCAACGAAACAAGCUUCAUCCACAGAUUCCAAAGCCUCGAGAGAAGAAUUGUUUUUGCUUUCACAGGUUCUUCUCGACUAGUCCGACCAAUAGAAGCGAGAGUUUGGGACAGAUCGAGUCUACUCAUUAUCAUCUGGUCUACACCUGCAAGGUGUGUUCCACCAGGUCCACACAGAGGAUCUCCAAGCACUCGUACCAGAAAGGUGUUGUGAUCGUCACCUGCCAGGGAUGCAAGAAUCAUCACAUCAUCGCUGACAACCUGGGCUGGUUCUCUGAUCUAGAGGGCAAGAGAAACAUUGAAGAAAUUCUUGCAGCCAAAGGAGAGAAAGUGAAGCGAAUAGAAGGGAGUGAUGCUUUGGAAAUAGUUCUGGACGAAUCAGGGAAAAAAACUGCUUGAUGGAAAGAAGAACAAUAAACAGACUUUGAUAAAUAAGAGCGUUGAGGA